AUGGCUAGGAACAAGGCUAAGUUUGAUGGGCAGGUUAGCACCCACCUGCAAAUUACCAGGAAUUGUAUUUCUUUUCUUCAUAAACUUAUACUCUAUCAAAGAUUCACUUACAUCUGCUCCCCACCUCUAGUGGAAAGAUCCAACUCACAUAGAGUAAGCACAGUGUACUGGUCCCCUCCUACCUACCCAUACAUUAAAAUUAACACUGAUGGCAGUUUUGCUCCCUUUGGAGCUGGGGUGGGAGGUGUGUUCAGAAAGCAUUUUGGACAGUGCAUCCUGUAUUUUCAGGCUUCUGUUUGUGUUGUUGACGCUCUUGAAGCUGAAUUAACUGCAGUCUACUGGGCCAUCACUCUUCCUAAAAUGAACCACUGGCACAACUUAAUUAUUAAGGGGUAUUCUGAAGUACUUCUACAGAUGUUACAAGAUAGAAGACAAGAUUCUUGGUGUCAUGCUCAAUGGGCUAACAAGAUUAUGUGCAUGCUGUCUACUCUCAAGGCUCGGUUGGCUUUUAUUUACAGGGAAGGAAAACAACCUGCAAACUGGCUUGCAAGAAAUGGUCUGUAUAUUGUUGAGAGUCUUGUUUCCUAUACUCCACCCCUCUCCUUUUUUUGCUGGCUGGAGAUGCUUUAG